UUUGAAAGAAGUGCUGAUAUAGAAUCCGAAUGCAUAGACGCAACUCUAUUAUUCACCCUUCCUACCUAUAAAAUUCAAGACGACGAUCCACAUUUCAAACAUUGCAUGGCCAAAAUUUUGGUCAGGUUAAAAAAUUACGGGCCUUUACUUGUAGACUGCUUAGAGCCAAUGCGCAACGACCUGAAGAGGACGACAAACACGAAACAGCUCGAGUUCAUAAAGCAGGGCAAUUUAAAGUAUCGACAAGAAAAUGAUAAUGAAAACCUGAGUCCAUUAUUAAAUCAAAUAGAUGAGGAAGAACCUUCAUUGAGAAAACGCCGGGAUGAGAUGAAUAUCAAGGAAACUACAACUUCUCCGAUGAAGAAGACGAAGACGAUGAAGGUUGCGGUUGAAACAAAAAUAAAGCAGAAAAGAAUUGUUCAACUUUUUGGCGAAAUGAGAAAGCGUGGCAUAUAUAUAUUGGUUCAACCAUUCAAGUCGUUAUCUCAAGCAGAUGCGGAGGAGCUAUUUGAAAGAAUAGCUCAAAACACUGUUGUUAAAAUUGACCUUCCAGAUUUUAUCGAAAAAUAUUUGCAAGAUUUACUCAACGGGAAUAUCGAAAGUGUGUUUCGAAAAGUAAGAAAUCCACCCAGCAAGGAUGCGAAACCUCUACUUUUAUGGACUAGUGAAAUAUAUCAACGGCCAACAAGUUCCAAUAGAGGAGAUAAAAAUGAUGCGGUUAUAUAUCAGGAUCAAAAUGCCACAAUCAUUUAUGAACAAUCUUUCGGUCCAACAGAAUUCGAUGAGACACACUAUUUGGAAGAUAUAGCUAAAUUGGCAAGGAAUAGCGUGGACGACCUAAACUUCCAUUUUAUUCAGUAUAGUAAUUCUUCAAUAACGACAGCAAAAAAUUUUAAAUCUAUCAGUAUUCACGGAUAUAAAUAUUUUAUAUCAAUCUAUCUUACGGAUCUUGUUAGGGCCAAAACUUAUAGAAUAUACGAAGUUUUUAAAUGCAAGAUUCCAACAACAUACACAGAGCGGUGGUUACUUAAAAAAAUUGCAAAUCUUGGAAUUUAUCUGGAGACACUACUUACAGAACGUCAAUCUAUAAAAGCAAAAAUGUGUGAAGAAGAUGCUAGGAUGGAAAAUAGUCAAAGUUGUGUAUCCGAUUGGAUAACAAUACCAGAUAACACUCCUGAUAAAAAAAAUAAAAUGUCAGCAAAAAAAUAG